UUCCUGCCCCUGGGCUGCGCCCGGACAGACACCCGGCUCCGGGGACCAGGCGGGAGAGCUGCAAAUGGAAAACUUCUUCCGAGAGGGCACCCGGGUGUGGCUACGGGAGCAAGAUCAGCUGCAGCCGUGCACUGUUGGCUCAUGCAAUGAUGGGUUGGUGCUCUUCACAACAGAUUAUGGAGAGGUAUUCUGCUACCCACAGGCUUCCUUAUCCAGGGAGAAGGUCUUGCCAAUGCACCAGACUAGUGUGGAGGGGGUGGAAGACAUGUCCAUGCUGGGAGACCUGCAUGAGGCUGCUAUUCUGCUCAACCUGCAUCAGCGCUACCAACAGGACAGCAUAUAUACGAACAUUGGUUCCAUCUUGGCAUCGGUAAAUCCAUACAAACCCAUCUCUGGUCUGUACAGUGCGAGUGCCAUGGACCUGUACAGACGGCAUCACCUGGGUGAGCUGCCGCCCCAUAUCUUUGCCACUGCUAAUGAGUGUUACUGCUGCUUGUGGAAGCGUCACGACAGCCAGUGUGUUCUGAUCAGCGGAGAAAGUGGAGCUGGAAAGACCGAGAGCACCAAGUUGUUGCUCAAAUUCCUGUCAGCUAUGAGCCAGAACUCUCUAGGGGGCCCUGCAUCUGAGAAGAGCACUCACGUGGAGGAAGCCAUCCUGGAGAGCAGCCCUAUCCUGGAGGCCUUCGGAAACGCUAAGACAGUUUAUAACAACAACUCCAGCCGCUUUGGCAAGUUCAUCCAGCUGCACUUCUCCCAUCAUGGACAUAUCCAGGGAGGGCGAGUCACCGAUUAUUUAUUGGAGAAGAAUCGAGUUGUGCACCAGAACCUGGGAGAGCGGAACUACCACAUCUUUUAUGCAUUGCUGGCUGGUGUCAGUGGGGAGCAGAAAGAAGCCCUGUCUCUCUCUCAACCGGAGAGCUAUCGCUACCUGAACCAGUCCGGCUGUGUGAGUGAUGAGAACCUGAAUGACCUAGAGAUGUUCAACAAGGUCAUGACUGCUCUGAAAGUGAUGGAGUUUAGCACCGAAGAAAUACAUGACAUCUUCAAACUUCUCUCUGGCACUCUUCAGCUGGGAAACAUGGAGUUCAUGACGGCUGGAGGAGCCCAGGUUACAACCAAAGCAGUACUGAACAAUGCCAGUGACCUGCUGGGCUUAGAUGCCUUUCAGCUGUCUGAGGUGCUGACUCAGAGAUCCAUGAUUCUACGGGGAGAAGAGAUCAGUUCCCCUCUCACUGUGGAGCAGGCGGUUGACUCUAGGGACUCUCUCUCAAUGGCACUGUAUUCCCAGUGCUUCUCAUGGCUCAUUGGCAAGAUUAAUAUGAAGAUCAAAGGGAAGGAAAACUUUAAGUCUGUGGGCAUCCUGGAUAUCUUUGGCUUCGAGAACUUUCAGAUUAAUAGUUUUGAACAGUUUAAUAUUAACUAUGCCAAUGAGAAACUCCAAGAAUACUUCAACAAACACAUCUUCUCCCUGGAGCAGCUAGAGUACAACAGGGAGGGAAUAAGCUGGGAAGCCAUUGAUUGGAUGGACAAUGCAGAGUGCUUAGAUCUCAUUGAGAAGAAACUAGGUUUGCUGGCACUGGUCAACGAGGAGAGUCGAUUUCCCAAGGGCACAGACAGCACCCUCUUGGAAAAACUGCACAGCCAGCAUGCGAGUAACCAUUACUAUGUGAAGCCGCGGGUGAUAGAUCACCAGUUUGGGAUCAGGCAUUAUGCUGGAGAGGUAUUGUAUGAUGUGAGAGGGUUUCUGGAGAAGAACAGAGACACCUUUCGGGAUGACAUUUUAAACAUGCUGAAGGACAGCAGGCUGGACUUCAUCUAUGACCUCUUUGAAAGAGUCUCCAGCCGGAGCAGUGAAGAAACUCUGAAGAUGGGAACCCAGAGGCGCAGACCAACCGUCAGCUCCCAGUUCAGGGACUCUCUCCAUUCCCUGAUGGCCACACUCAGCACUUCCAAUCCAUUCUUCAUUCGCUGCAUCAAACCAAACAUGGAAAAGGCACCAAACCUCUUUAACCCGGAUGUAGUUCUAAACCAGCUCCGGUACUCUGGGAUGCUGGAGACAGUGAAAAUUCGAAGAGCAGGCUUCCCCAUACGGCGUCUCUUCCCGGAUUUCCUCAGCAGGUACAAGAUGCUCAUGAAGAAUCUAAGUGUCCCAGACAACACCAAGGCUGUGUGUGCACAUUUCCUACAGACAUAUGACAGCACCAGGAAAGAGUGGCAGCUGGGUAAAAACAAGGUUUUCCUGAAGGAAGCUCUUGAACAGAACCUGGAGAAGGAUCGGGAAGAGGAGUUGAGGAAAGCGGCUAUAGUCAUCCAAGCCCACGUCUUGGGCUACAUGGCAAGGAAGAAGUACCGAAAGGCCCUAGUCAGUAUUGUGACAAUCCAGAAGAACUAUCGAGCGCACUUCUGGAAGAAAACCCUCCUGCGACUGAAGGCGUCGGCUGUUGUCCUGCAGAAGCAUUGGCGUGGCCAGCUGGCUCGCAGCCUCUAUCGGCACCUACUGCAGCAGGAACAGAGACGGAAACAGGAAGUGGAGGAGAGGAGAAGGCAAGAAGAGGAAGAGCAGAUCAGAAGGGAGGAAGAGGAAAGACAAUGGCAAGAAGAGGAGGAGCUUAGGAGGAAACAGGAGGAGGAAGAAGAGAAGAAAAGAGAAGAAGAGCAGCUGAAUGCUGUACUCCAGGUGGCUCAGGUGGAGGUGUUAACGCAGGAGGAGGAGAUCCCACUGCAGGAAGAGGAGAGAAGGCAGAUGGAGGAAAUCCUAAGGCUGGAAAAGGAGAUUGAGAAGCUACAGCAGCAGCAGAAGGCAGAUCACAUGUCCAUUGCCUGCGAAAACACCAAGAAUGAGAUUAACCGGCAGCGAGAAGAGGAGAUCCAGAGGCUAGAGAAGGAAGCAUCCAGGGUCGCUCAAGAGUUCUUGGAACUACUGGAUUUUGGAAACCUGGAUGAAAGUGUGCAAAGCCUAGAACAUUCACUCUCCAAUGACGGAACCCUCAACAUUGACUGCAGCCUUGUGGCGCCUCUGGCUGAGGAAGAAGUAGAUGAAGGCUUUCAUGCUGAUGAUGAGGGGCUCUCUGUCCCCAGCCUGGUUGUUCUGGAUCAACACGGCACCAGAACCAGCGACAACUCCACUGAGGAAGAUACAUAUAUGAAUCUACCAUUUCGGAGAAGGGGUGAAGUGGAGGUAGACAGCACUACAGAUCAUCUUGUGGAAAGCCCCGAGGAGCACAGUGCCCCAUCUGACACCACAGAAAGUAUUUACAACACAGUCUCAGAAACCCUGAGGAGUAACAGUGGGGAGAUGGGAGAGCCAAUUUACAGCUUCCCACCAGAUGUGGAGUCUGACUAUGACCACGAGGAGUUUGAUGGUUUUGGAGAUACUGGUAGCACCUUGGCUGAGCCCCUAAAUGGUGAGGAGGUCUUGAGGCGUUCCCAUGGUACCAGCAUAGACUCCAAUCAUGGCAGCCUAGACUCGUUUCUGGACAGUGAGGAGGAAGUGGAUGUUUAUAUAGACACAGACGAAGAAUUCUGCAAUGGCCGGGUCACAAUCUUCAAUGGCUCAGGACCACCCUAUUUUCACAGUUAUCUCUAUAUGAAGGGGGGUCUGAUGAACCCAUGGAGACGGCGAUGGUGUGUUCUGAAGAAUGAGGCCUUCAUGUGGUUCCGAACUAAGCAAGAGGCCCUGAAGUCAGGCUGGCUCUAUAAAAAAGGAGGCGGCUUGUCAACUCUGUCUCGCCGUAACUGGAAGCGCCGCUGGUUUGUUCUUCGAGAAUCUAAGUUGAUGUACUUUGAGAAUGACAGUGAGGAAAAACUGAAGGGGACAAUAGACAUCAGAAGGGCAAAGGAGAUUGUGGAUAUUCAUGAGAAGGAGAAUGCUCUGGAUAUUGUGACCGAGGACAGAAUUUACCACAUUGUGGCAGAGUCACCAGAAGAUGCCAGUGGUUGGUUUAAUGUCCUGAGCCGAGUGCACAGUGCCACAGUCCAACAGCUGAGGGAAAUGCAAGAUGAACAGGCAAAUCCGAAGAAUGCCGUGGGAACCCUGGAUGUGGGGCUCAUCGACUCUGUCUGUGCCUCAGACAAUCCUGACAGGCCAAAUUCCUUUGUGAUCAUCACAGCAAAUCGAGUGAUUCACUGUAACAGCGACACCCCAGAGGAGAUGCAUCACUGGAUCUCGCUCCUACAGAAACCCAAAGGCGAAUCCAAGAUUGAUGGUCAGGAGUUUCUUGUGAGAGGCUGGCUUCAUAAGGAAGUUCAAAGCAGCAACAAGACAUCCUCUCUGAAGGUGAAGAAACGCUGGUUUGUGCUGACAAACACCGCCCUUGAUUACUACAAAUCUUCGGAACGCACAGCCACCAAACUUGGCACGCUUGUUCUCAAUAGCCUCUGCUCUGUGGUCCAGGCUGAUGAGAGAGUCUUUAAAGAAACUGGCUACUGGAACAUCAUAGUCCAUGGUCGAAAGCACUCAUACAGACUCUACACCAAGCUACUGAAUGAAGCCAUGCGCUGGGCCUCUGCCAUCCAAGGAGUCAUUGACAUCAAGGUUCCCAUAGAAACACCCACACAGCAGCUUAUUCGUGACAUCAGGGAAAACAGUAUGAACUUCGAAGUAGUGGAACAGACAUAUAGGAGGAACCCUAUCCUGAGAUACACACAGCACCCUCUGCAUUCCCCAUUGCUGCCACUGCCCUAUGGAGAUGUCAGUAUCAAUAUGCAGCAAGAGAAGGGCUACAGCAGCCUGCAGGAUGAAGCCAUCAAGAUCUUUAAUUCUCUGCAGGAGAUUGAGACAGUGUCUGAUCCCAUCCCCAUUAUCCAAGGCAUUCUGCAGACCUGCCAUGACCUAAAGCCCCUUCGUGAUGAAGUGUAUUGUCAACUAAUCAAACAAACUAACCACAUCCCACAACCCAACAGUUCUGGAAACCUUCACCACUGGCAGCUGAUGUCCUGCAUGAGCUGCACUUUCCUUCCCAGUAGAGGGAUCCUCCGCUAUCUCAAGUUCCACCUUAGAAGAGUAAGAGACCUCUUUCCAGGCACGGAAAUAGACAGGUAUGCCCAGUUCAUCAAUGAUUCCCUGAAGAGAACCAAGACCAGGGAGUUUGUGCCCUCCCAGGAGGAAAUACUGGCUCUCAUCACUCGUGAAGAAAUGACCACAACUGUGUACUGCCAUGGCGGUGGCUCCUGUAAAAUCACCAUCAACUCCCACACCAGUGCAGGAGAGGUGGUUGAGAAGCUGAUCCGAGGGCUCGCCAUGGAGGACAGUCGUAAUAUGUUUGCCCUCUUUGAACGCAAUCAACACGUGGACAGGGCCAUUGAGAGUCGUGUAAUUGUUGCUGAUAUCCUUGCCAAGUUUGAGAGACUGGCUGGCUCCGAGGAAGAGGAGGAGGAAGGACAGUGGCAGCUGUAUUUUAAACUCUAUUGCUUCUUGGAUAUUGAGAAUGUUCCCAGAGAGGGAGUGGAAUUUGCCUUCAUGUUUGAGCAGGCUCAUGAAAGUCUUAUUGAUGGGCACUUUCCUGCCCCAGAGGAGACACUGCAGCACCUGGCAGCCCUAAGGCUGCAGUAUCUUCAUGGAGACUAUUCCAAAAUCACCUGGACCCUUGAUGGCAUUUACCCAGUGAGCAGGCUAAAAUCCAAAAUCCUGCAGUCAACAAAGAGUAGCGGCACGACCAGUCAUGCUCUGGAGAGGAGACGGACCAGCUUUCUGGAAGGAACGUUGAAACGUGGCUUCAAGACUGGCUCAGUAAAAAAGCAGAAGGUGGAAGAAGAGCAGAUGAUGGAAAUGUGGGUGAAGGAGGAGCUCUCAGCUGCUCGGGCCAGCGUAGUGCAGAAAUGGAACAAGUUGCAGGGACUGUCUCAGCACCAGGCUAUGGUGAAAUACAUGUCCAUUGUAAAGGAAUGGCCAGGCUAUGGUUCAACACUCUUUGAUGUUGAGUGUAAGGAGGGUGGAUUUCCGAAUGAUCUCUGGCUUGGAGUCAGUACAGAGAAUGUGUCUGUAUACAAACGGGGAGAUCCUAAAUCGCUGGAAACUUUCCAGUAUGAGCACAUUGUUUUCUUUGGAGCUCCGCAACCCAAUACCUUCAAAAUUACAGUGGAUGAGCGAGAGAUGUUCUUUGAAACCUCCCAGGUGGGAGAGAUAAUAAAGAUCAUGAAAGCCUACAUCAACAUGAUUGUGAAGAAACGCUGCAGUGUCAAAUCAGCUGCCAGUACGGACAGUCACACUAGCAUCUGGACUAGGUGAUGAGAAGGAACCCUUAUUCCAUUAGCCAGAGGCACUUGUUAUGUGGUGGGAGUUUACAACUUGCCAGCAGGACGUGUAGCAAAGAUUUUUUUUUAAGAACUUCACUUGACUGAUUCCUACGUAGAAACAAACUGAAAUCACACAUCACCACUUACAGUACCAAGGGAUUUGCACCUCAUCCUAAAGAUGUUAGUUAACAUCAAAAACUGUUAUAUUAAACAUGAACAGCCGAGAUUUGUAUUCAUCUUGGUUGUUUGAGGGACACUGUCUUAAAGAAACAAAGCCACAAGCUUCUUCUUAUCUGUCGUCUUCUACCUUUUUCACACUUGUCUGUCACACUGUCAAAAAAAUACAAAAGGAACAGUUCUGCACUAGAGGAGCAGAAUUGAAUAGCUUUCAGUUUGUCGAAGAGCAACUGGGAUCUGGGAAUUGAGCUAAGAAAAUAUUUGUUUUAAUUUAUUUUUCAGCCAAACUUAAAGUUGCAUUCCUUUUUCCCGGAUUUUACAUUUUGCCUAGUUAACCUUGUGCUGCAUCAAGUAACUUGGGUUAGACUAAAGUAUUUUGGUCCUCAGGAGCCUAAACAGUUGGUUGCCACAGCCAGAGAACAGGAAUGUGUUUGCAUGGUUCUCUCUCAAGGACAGGGGUGGGCUGUCUGAAAUGGAUUCUACUCAGAUUCAGCUCAAACUACAUUCUAAACAGGCCCUGGUUGAAAAAUGAAGGGUUGUCUAUUCCUGGGGGCAUGAAUGCCAUUUAGUUGCAUUUACAAGGAAACAGCUGUUUCAGCCCCCACCCCCAAUUUGAGUUCAAAUUCAUCACUUUAAAUGUAGUGACUUGGGUCCUGCCAUACGAUUUAUUUACAUUUAGGCUUUUAGGAUGCCCUGGAGGGAGGGGACAGUCGCCUUAGAAAAAGUGGUGGCUCUUACUAAGCAGAUGAACUACCCUUCCUUCCACUCUAGUCUAACAGGAAAGACCACCACUCAUUCCAGCAAGAAACUUCACAUGCCGCUAAGUUGUAACUGGCUCCUUUACCAGUAAAGUUCCUUCCUUCCACUCCAUGGGGCUUUUAGCAAAACCCAAAGAGAACAAUUUGUUGUCACAGAAAACAGGACUAGUAUAGUUGGCAUAUUUCUCCUCCCCCUAUCCCCCAACCAUUCUGCAACAUGCACACACCUGUCACUAGGCUAAGCACGUACAGGGUUGACAUUACAUUUUUUUAAACUGGAAUUUUGCCUUAAGAAGCCUUAUUGAUGAGUCUUACAAGAGCCCCUUUUUGUCACUUCCAUAAUAAACAGAUGACCAGGUGGCAACUUCAAACGGUCAGGAAAGCAGAGGAGAUAGACAAAAUAACACUGGUCACUUUGCAUAUUUUGGUCAAAUACACUGAAUGGAGUCUUUUAAUAUAUUUAACCAUAGCUCUAAUUUCUCCUGCCCUACUGGUAUAGUCUAGCUCUUGGGGUAGCUGCAGGCAGCUUGAACCCAGUUGGGAAUGUUAACACCCCUCACUUCUUGUUCUGACAUGCUCAUUUCUAUUACAGAUUUCCUUCUGCUUUCUUUUUUUAAUUUGUAACUGGCUUUACAAAAUGAAGGUUUAAUAAAUUAUUGGCUUGCA